AUGCAGUACACGGGGAGCCAAUAUAUUGGAGAAUUUGUAGAUGGGAGGAUGGAGGGUAAUGCCGAAUACAUCCUCCCUACUGAAACAAGAUACGUUGGGGAAAUGAAGGACGGCAUGUUUCACGGCGAAGGAACCCUGUACUUCCCCAAUGGGAGCCGAUACGAUGCCAUUUGGGAGAAAGGAUUGGCUGUUAAGGGCACGUACACCUUCUCUGACGGAUUGCAGUAUGACGGAAAGAACUGGCAUUACUGUGACGGCUAUGACCGGAGGUUUUACACCGAGAUCUGCCACGGCUUGAAGCCUACAGGUAUCUCUCAACUCUCCAAUAUGGACCCUCCUAGAAAAAUCCUUCCAGGCUAUUAUGACUGUGGAGAUGGCUUCUACAACCCAAAAACAAGGGUCAUCAGGGACUAUAAGAACCGCUUUCUGCGAAAUGCCGAUGAUGAUGAGCAUGAGUGGAUUAUCCGGACGUGUCGGAAGGGCUGGGACGAGUUUGUGGGUCACAGGCCCACGCUGUGA